UGACCCCUUCAAAUUAAAAAAAUAGCAAGUCCAAGGCAACUCCCAGAGUCGGCGAUUUGGCAUCAAGUUCGUCAGUUGACCUGCAAAUUCAAGUUUGAGUAGUUGCGGGAUCGGAAGAAGGGAAGAAGGUGAUGGGGAUUAUAAAGAGCAGUUUCUCAUUGAUGGCAGGAACUGUUUGCGGUAUAUACAUAGCUCAGAACUACAACGUCCCCAACAUUAACAAGCUUAUACAGAAUGCAUUAUUCAAAGCCAAAGAUGUAGAAGAGAAAUACCGCAAGCCCCCUAAGCCUGGCGAUCGUCUUUAGAUUCACUCUCCUUUUUUCAGAGCAGUUGCAUUUCCGAGAUGACUCCAACUAAUUUUACGAAGCUUGGUCUUUAUUCUUCGUUCGGAGUUUGGAGAUAAAUUUUCCAAUAACUUACCUGUUGCCACCCAGAACCUACGGUUUCUUGGAUUUAACCUUAGGUUGUGCUCCCUCGUAACCUUACCCCCACAGAUUCGACUGUUGCGCUUUAUCUCUCGUUACUUUUAGCAACAUGUUGUCUACAUAAUCCUCCAUAGUGUGUGCAUAAAUAGGUUUUAGCGUGAAUACGUUCUCUUAACAUUUCCCAGCCUUUAAACACAGUUUAUUAACAACGUCAUGAUAUAUA